UCUUCGUCUUCGUCUUCUUCUUCUUCUUCUUCUUCUUCUUCUUCUUCUUCUUUCUCUUUUUCUUCUUCUUCCUUCUUCUCUAUCUUGACCUUCCCAUUCGCCUCUGUUAUGGAUAUGUACGAAAAUAUUGUUCGAAUAGAUAAAGACAGAUGUGUGUCACGAAAAGCGAUAGAGCCUUCUCAACCACUCCACCUUGUAUGUAUUUAAAAUGCUAUCAAAUACAUAUUCUUUAUAUGCAUAUUCAUUUUUGAGCAUAGGCCUAUACACUUGAAUAUACAUGUUGCAAAUAUAGAAACAAAUAUUGGGUACUUGCACGUAGCAUAUACUAUUAGAACUAACUACCCUUCUACUAUUUAUCAACGUAUAUUUUUUUUAGGGUGUCAACUGAUAUAUCGGGGCAGUUGGCCUUCAAUUCUUUGAGGAGCAGCAUGUACCGGGCAAAGAGGAUUGCACUGGAUGCAAUUCCAAGCACUUUGCCGGAAUAUGCAGAAAUGCUGUCACAUUCGCCAAUGGGCAGAACGAUAUCGAAUAAAUCAUUCUUUAUCGGGUCGGUAGAUGAUCCGAUAGGUGGCACCAGUGUGAUUUUUGGAUCUGAAAAUUUCACGAAUCUGCUGCCACAAGUAAAGGAGCUACAUUUUGAUGGGACUUUCAAGGUCCGACCCAAUGUACCUCCAUCAAGGCAGUUGUUGACUGUAAUGUCAAUUCAUUUCAGUCAUGCUUUUCCAGUUUUCUUUGUGGUGAUGGAAAAGAAGAACCUUGAGGCAUAUAAAUCACCUCUGUCAUUCAUAAAAAAACAAAAUACCGGAACUCUGUCCCGAGGUGAUCAUAAGUGACUUCGAGAAGGCACUACAACAGGCAUUACGAGAAGCAUUUCCUCGAACCAAUAUUGUAGGCUGCUGGUUCCACUCAGCUAAUGUAAGUAGAAAGAAGCAACAAAUACAUUAUAUAAAUCAUUU